GAAACUUGAUAUACCAUGCCAGAAACUCAUGCUUUUCCAUUAGCUCGGCUGCCUUGCAGAAGUUGGACAGCCCAGACUUUGCCAAGGUAGCCACAUCCUUGGACUUACCAUUCGUCCAGUCAUACUCUCGGAUAUGAUCUUGGCUGUAAAAGCUGAAGUAUUGUGUUGCAGGAGCUGGAACCCGAGCUGAAAGAUGGGGUCAAUGUCAUAAGAGCGAAGAGACUCCGCAUCCAGAGCAUUAGCAAUACUCCUCCUCCGCCACGAUGCCGACCAACACCAUCAUCGACUAUUUCUUCAACGAUCGCCGCGUCGCCAACCCUGAUGGCACAUUUGCAAGUCUUCUUCCGGGUCGCGCCCAGCUUGUCCCUGGUCCUGGUUCUUUCGAGGAGCAAAUUCUCCCUCAGGCAGUCAUUCUCGGUCCCGAUGCGCCACUUGUAGUAGACACCAGCUCUUACUACAUCGCCGGCACGGCCCAAUUCCAUGCUCGAGUCGUGUUCAAAUACAUGGCCGGCCCCCCGAACCCCCUCAUACCCGGACCGAUGUUCAAGCAAUACCUCCUUCACAACGACGCUAUCCCGUUCUCUCUCUACCUCACUGAAGGGGUCCCAAGACUAGCUGCUGCCGUGAGAGAGGCAGUCGUAGGAUCUCAAGCCACCGAAAUUUUCGACACUCCCGAAAUUGUGUCGGGGAAAUGGUACUCAGCUGAUCUGGUCUGGGACAAAGACACGUUAGUUACAUUUCUCGGCGGGAUUCCCAUAAGCUGCCAUGGCUUCGGUCGCAAUCCACGCGUAGGCAUUGAAAACCCCCAGACGAUCCAAAUUGGGGGCUUGAAGCAGCCCUUCGUUCCCACGAACUUCAACGGUGCGAUCGCUGCCGUGAAAGUCGAACUAGGGGUCCCGGACACGCUCAAGGUCGAGGUCGACAAGCAGCGCAACUUGCCACGGUGGUUCAUUACGACGAAGCUUGAGACUACGCGUCCGCUGUUCAAUCUUGGAUACCCUCUGGGUCCUGCUAUCAACACGGACUCAACUUGGACCCAACAGUAUCGCCAAGGGGCAAUCUCUUUUCAUUACAGCUUGAGAGAGGCGGCGUUUGAAAUGCAUGGGGACCUCUGGGACGCAUACAAAAGCCUACCCGAGCACAUUAAGUUUGGACUAGGCUACCAGGACUCAGACGAAAAUGCUUGGACAGAAGCCAAUAACCGUGUUGACCGCAGCAUCCAGUUCUCAAACGGCACCCUGCAAUGGUCCCAAGCCACAGGCAGCCAUGCCAUCCUCGGUCAGAUAUGGAAAGACUGGUCCGGCGACGGCCUCGUGGUCAAAUGGGGGUUUCCUCUAGAGAAUCAGAAAUCGGAAGAUGGGUUCAUUGCACAGGGUGGCGUCUCGCAGCGCUUCCAGCUUGGGACGUGGUACCUGAGGCGAGAUCCUCUCCACGCCGUUGGAGUGUAUGGGGCGAUUGAUGACGCGUUGCGUGCCGCUGGAGGUGUUUCGAAACUAGGCUACCCUUUACGCAGCGAAGAAAAGGUCCCUGGAGUGAAGAUCAACUUGUUCGGAGUGGAAGGGGUGGAGAUGGAUGUCCGGAAGCAGGAUUUCGAGACUGGCGCGGCCGUCUUUUGGAGCUUCAUCACAGGGGGCCAUGUCGUCUUCCGCGACUUCAAGGAUAAGUAUGUUGCCGUCGGAGGUCCGGCUGGGGUCCUUGGCCUUCCUACUACCGAGCAGGUCAACCUUCCACUCGACACUGAUGUUCACGAGCCGAAACCGCGAUGGGGCCAGGGCUUCCAGCGUGGUAUCAUCGUCUGGAAUCCGUAUACAAACCAAGUUGAAGUGUUCCGCCAGUUCCAGCUUCGUCUGAUCAGUAUAUCAGCGAGGCCUGACGGAGAGAAAAAGGAUAUGUACAUCAGCAUCCAGAUUGAGCGCGACGGAUCCAAUGUCUUCAAUGGACGCUAUCCGCCGCUACCCCCGGGUAACAAUGCUGAAGCGUACUGGGGCGAUCAGGACUUCGUCGCGCCAAGGAUUCUUCUUCCGCCAAUGCUGAGGAUUGACAUGUCUGCGAAGUAUCUCCUCAGAGUCUUGGUCAUGGACGAUGACGACAGCGUCUGGCCACUCCCGAAUCACGACGAUGAGGUCGGAAAGGGGUCGGAAGUUCUGAAUUUGCGAAAUGGAUUCAAACAGAGUCAGGACGGUGUUCAAAUCCCCUUUUCAAUCGCCUUGUUCAAGGGUACAGCUUUUGGGACUACAGAAGGAGAGGUGACCUUCGGCGUUGAACUUGUCUGAGUAUCGCAGUACACGGCUUGUAGCCGAGAAGGUCCCAUUCGAGGGUGAUAUGGGGUGGUUUCGGACUCGGUUCGUGGCUAAAGCUCU